UAAGUUUCACUGCAAUUUCAUUAAAAUGAAGUUAGUCCUAGUUGUUUCCUUGGGCGUGGCUUUGGUAGCUUCAUGCCCCUUCGGAGAUGAAGAAAUCAAAGCUGGGAAGCGUCUCAUUAAAACGAGCUUCGAGGAGCCCGGUCAGUGGAUGGACGAGGACGAAAUUUGGGCCCUGAUUAUGAAGCAUCAAAACUUUAUUGAUAUCACGGAUCACAAUUUCCCAGAUAUCAAGGAGGGAGAUGUCAACGUGCAAGCAAUUCCAACCACUCUUCGAUUCCAAUCUACCGUAAACGGACUUCUUGGAAGAACCAACAUUACCCGAAUUCAAGAUUUUGUCGGGACCUUCAGCAGCUACUUCAGCAGGUACUACCAAUCCCCCAACGGAACUGAAUCCCAGCGAUGGCUCCUUAGUCAAGUUCAGGAUAGCAUUGCAAACUACGUGGGAAAUGCCACCGUCAAUGAGGUGGUGCACCCAUUCGGAGUCCAAAACAGUAUCAUUGCCCGAAUUACGGGGUCUGAUCCCACUCUUCGGGGCGAAAUUGUUAUCAUUGGAGCUCAUCAAGACUCAGUUAAUACUUUUGGUGCCUUGCUCGCUGCCCCAGGUGCCGAUGAUAACGCGAGUGGUUCUGUCGUCGUGCUGGAAACUCUUCGCGUUCUUGUUGAAGGCGGAUACAUUCCAAAGAGGACGAUUGAGUUUCAUUGGUACGCUGCGGAAGAGGUUGGUCUCCGCGGAUCUGCAGCUAUUGCCCAGAUCUACAACACCAACAGGGUCAACGUCGUGGGGAUGGUGAACUUUGACGUGCCGGGAUACCAUAUCGCAGGGAGAGACGAAAUUGGAAUCUAUACGGACCACGUAAAUGCUGAAGUGACUACAUUGCUCCGACUUUUAGUUGAUGGCUAUUGCACUUACACCUGGAUCAAUAAGACGUGCGGAUAUGGGUGCUCGGAUCACGCGUCAUGGACCAAUUACGGCUUCCCAGCAGGGUUCCCGGCAGAGACCGUUUUCCACCCCCUGAUGCACAGGCCUGGUGAUAACUUCGAAUCCGUGGGAUUCACCCAGGUUAACGAAUUUGUCAAAUUGUCGCUUGGAUUCGUUGUGGAAAUGUCGGAACCUGGGAGUCUUUAAAUAACUAC